UCCCCGAGGGGCGGGGGCCCGCGGCGCAGGCAGUCAGAGCGCGCGCUGCAGCGGCAGAGCCAAAGCCGGGAGCCCAAGCGGCCGCCGGAUCGCAGCCCGUGGGGCCAGCCGCAACCAUGGGCAACCGUGGCAUGGAGGAUCUAAUCCCGCUGGUCAACCGGCUGCAGGAUGCCUUCUCCGCCAUCGGCCAGAACGCGGACCUCGACCUGCCGCAGAUCGCCGUGGUGGGCGGCCAGAGCGCCGGCAAGAGCUCGGUGCUCGAGAAUUUCGUAGGCAGGGACUUCCUGCCCCGAGGAUCUGGCAUUGUCACCCGACGCCCCCUGGUCCUGCAGCUGGUCAAUGCUACCACAGAAUAUGCCGAGUUCCUGCACUGCAAGGGGAAGAAAUUCACCGACUUCGAGGAGGUGCGCCUGGAGAUUGAGGCUGAGACCGACCGGGUGACUGGCACUAACAAGGGCAUCUCUCCGGUGCCCAUCAACCUCCGCGUCUACUCGCCGCACGUGCUGAACCUGACCUUAGUGGACCUGCCCGGAAUGACCAAGGUCCCAGUGGGGGACCAACCUCCCGACAUCGAGUUCCAGAUCCGGGACAUGCUUAUGCAGUUCGUCACCAAGGAGAAUUGCCUCAUCUUGGCCGUGUCCCCAGCCAACUCCGACCUGGCCAACUCUGAUGCCCUCAAGGUCGCCAAGGAGGUGGACCCCCAGGGUCAGCGCACCAUCGGGGUCAUCACUAAGCUGGACCUGAUGGACGAGGGCACAGAUGCCCGUGAUGUUCUGGAGAACAAGCUGCUCCCGCUGCGCAGAGGCUACAUUGGAGUGGUGAACCGGAGCCAGAAGGACAUCGAUGGGAAGAAGGAUAUCACGGCUGCCUUGGCCGCUGAACGCAAGUUCUUCCUCUCCCACCCUUCCUACCGCCACUUGGCUGACCGCAUGGGCACGCCCUACCUGCAGAAGGUCCUUAACCAGCAACUGACAAACCACAUCCGGGACACGCUGCCAGGGCUGCGGAACAAGCUUCAGAGCCAGCUGCUGUCCAUUGAGAAGGAGGUGGAGGAGUACAAGAACUUCCGCCCUGAUGACCCAGCGCGCAAGACCAAGGCUCUGCUGCAGAUGGUCCAGCAAUUUGCUGUAGACUUUGAGAAGCGCAUUGAGGGCUCAGGGGACCAGAUCGAUACCUAUGAACUGUCGGGGGGAGCCCGCAUCAACCGGAUCUUCCAUGAGCGCUUCCCCUUUGAACUGGUCAAGAUGGAGUUUGACGAGAAGGAACUCCGAAGGGAGAUCAGCUAUGCCAUCAAGAAUAUACAUGGCAUUAGAACGGGGCUCUUUACCCCAGACAUGGCCUUUGAGACCAUUGUGAAAAAGCAGGUGAAGAAGAUCCGAGAACCGUGUCUCAAGUGUGUGGACAUGGUUAUCUCGGAGCUAAUCAGCACCGUUAGACAGUGCACCAAGAAGCUCCAGCAGUACCCCCGGCUGCGGGAGGAGAUGGAGCGCAUCGUGACCACCCACAUCCGGGAGCGCGAGGGUCGCACCAAGGAGCAGGUCAUGCUCCUCAUCGAUAUUGAACUGGCUUACAUGAAUACCAACCAUGAGGACUUCAUAGGCUUUGCCAAUGCUCAGCAGAGGAGCAACCAGAUGAACAAGAAGAAGGCUUCAGGGAACCAGGAUGAGAUUCUGGUCAUCCGGAAGGGCUGGCUGACCAUCAACAACAUCGGUAUCAUGAAGGGGGGCUCCAAGGAGUAUUGGUUUGUGCUGACCGCCGAGAAUCUGUCCUGGUACAAGGAUGACGAGGAGAAAGAGAAGAAAUACAUGCUGUCCGUGGACAACCUGAAGCUGCGGGACGUGGAGAAGGGCUUCAUGUCCAGCAAGCACAUCUUUGCCCUCUUCAACACGGAGCAGAGGAACGUCUACAAGGAUUAUCGGCAGCUGGAACUGGCCUGCGAGACACAGGAGGAGGUGGAUAGCUGGAAGGCCUCCUUCCUGAGAGCUGGCGUGUACCCCGAGCGUGUUGGGGACAAAGAGAAAGCCAGUGAGACGGAGGAGAAUGGCUCAGACAACUUCAUGCACUCCAUGGACCCACAGCUGGAGCGGCAGGUGGAGACCAUCCGGAACUUGGUGGACUCAUACAUGGCCAUCGUCAACAAGACUGUCCGGGACCUCAUGCCUAAGACCAUCAUGCACCUCAUGAUCAACAAUACCAAGGAAUUCAUCUUCUCGGAGCUGCUGGCCAACCUGUACUCGUGCGGGGACCAGAACACACUGAUGGAGGAGUCGGCCGAGCAGGCGCAGCGGCGCGACGAGAUGCUGCGCAUGUACCACGCACUGAAAGAGGCGCUCAGCAUCAUCGGCGACAUCAACACGACCACUGUCAGCACGCCCAUGCCCCCGCCCGUGGACGACUCCUGGCUGCAGGUGCAGAGCGUACCGGCUGGACGCAGGUCACCCACGUCCAGCCCCACACCGCAGCGCCGAGCCCCCGCGGUGCCCCCAGCCCGGCCCGGGUCGCGGGGCCCUGCUCCUGGGCCUCCGCCUGCUGGGUCCGCCCUAGGGGGGGCGCCCCCCGUGCCCUCCAGGCCGGGGGCUUCCCCUGACCCCUUCGGUCCUCCCCCCCAGGUGCCCUCGCGCCCCAACCGCGCCCCGCCCGGGGUCCCCAGAAUCACUAUCAGUGACCCCUGAGGAGCGUCAGCCACGCAGGAAGGGCCCAGCCUCACCUACGCGACCUGCGGCCCCCCGACCAGCUGAGGCUCCCCUCUUAGACUUAUAAGCCUGUGGCCACUGGCAUCCGGCCGCCUGCCCUCCCUGCCUCCCCAGGGUCCCUAUAGAGGACUCGUGGGCUUUCUGCCCACCCAGAGGGGCCUCUAGCGCUCCCUCCAGCCAUUCUGUUAGCUUUGCCCUCCUGGUUCAAACAGUGUUCUUUCUCGUGUGUUCCUCCAUCAGGCCUGGUGGCUGUCGCGUGGGGCUCACGGCCCCAUACUCCCUGAGGCUAGGGAUGGCCCUGCGCCAGUGGGUUGAAAGACAGGGGGCCAGAGAAGAGGGAAGCCAGAGGGGGCCGAGCACGUGUCUGGAGCUGUGGGUGCACUGCCUGGUGGUGUGUGAGAGUCUAGCGUGUGUGGCCUUUAGGCCUUUAGUCUAGCGUGUGUGGCCUUUAGCCUAGCGUGUCUAGCCUUUACCCCAGACCCCCGUAAGGCUCUGGCCCCUGCCCAUCUCCUGCCCUUCUACCUUCCCUUUCUCGUCUCUCUUCUCUAUUCCAGAACCCUUGCCCACACCUGGGUCUUCUGCCCCUCCCCUCCUCUCCCCUGACUGCCGGGCUAGGCUGCCCUUGCCUUACCAGCUCUCUCCCCCUUUUCUCUCUCCCGUUCUCUCUUUGCUUUCUCUCCAACUGCCAGCCGAUCGGGUCAGGCAAGUCCAUCCCGACCUGAGAGCCCCAGGCCCCCCUUCGACCUCUAACCAGAUCCCUCCUAUUCCUCGGAGACCUCCCUUUCCAAGCCUGCCUGGACGGCUGUUCUGUGACUUGACAGUGGCUACCCGGCCCCAGAGCUUCCCCUUCAUCUGUGACUUAGUCUGUUGUAGUGGUGAGCUGACACAUCCAGGCGUGACGUUGGUGAAACUUGUGCCCCUCUGUGGUCUUGCUCCUGCCCAGUUCUAUAAAUAUCUAUAAAUACUCAUAUAUAUAUAUAUACACAUAUAUAUAUAUGUGUAUAUAUAUAUAUAUAUACACACACACACAUAUAUGGCCAAGCCUCACCUCUAGUGUCGGGAAUCAAUCACCAUGCUGUCCUUGAGGAGUCUUGUGGCCCAACUACAAGGGAACGCUGUCACCCUGACAUCCCCCUCCAAAGCGUGCCACUUCCGAUGAGCCCCCGUCGUACGCAGCCUGUGGACAGCCAGCCCCCCUCUGCCGCCCUCCCGUCCCUACCCCCCCUCGAACACGGGGGUGCCGUACUGGCAGCUGUGUGGUUCUCUGACCACUACCGGUCUUGCUGUCUCUUGGCUGAGAAUAAAACCCAUUUCUGGAUGAUGGGGAACAGUG